AUGAUUCCUCGAAGACCCCCACCUCCGCCUGAUGACGGAGAUGAGAUGAUGCUGGUUUCCCCACCCGGUCAACAAGAGGACGAGAUAAAGAUCCGUGUUCUUGGGGUCAACGACCAAGGAAGUCUGGUGGUGCAAGAAAAAGAUGUUAACGAGUACGCCAGCGCCCUGGAGGACAUUGUCACGGGCACCCUUCAGAUGGACGUCCCCAAUUUAGAGGAACUGAUACUGGCUAUGGUGCGGUGGUACGAGCAUGAAGAACGGCCCAAGAUCAGUGGGUUGGAAAAGACCGAAGACGUGCAGAACCGGCUAAGAGAAGAGCUUCGCAACUGCCACGCCCAGUUAGAGGAAUUAUCGGGGCAGGAUGCGGCCAAUCAAGAGAUCGAAAAGAUCCGAAAGGAAAAUGAUGACGUAAGAACCGUAGUCUGGGGUUAA